CUCCAGGAUGGACUUUCUGGUUCUCUUCUUGUUCUACUUGGCUUUACUGGUGAUUGGUGGUGGUACGAUCUGCAUCUGCGCGAAAACCCGUCACCUGAAGGGCCUGGUCAGAGGAGGCACACAGAUAUUUUCCUAUAUAAUUCCAGUAUGCCUUCAGAGAGCCACGCUAAGAUUGCUUCAUUACCUCUUUCACACACGAAACCACACCUUCAUCAUCCUGCACCUCAUCUUGCAAGGAAUGGUUUAUACUGAGUACACCUGGGAAAUAUUUGGCUACUGUCAAGAGCUGGACUUCUCCCUGUGGUACCUUCUUCUGCCCUAUCUGCUGCUGAUUGUAAACCUGGUUUUUUUUACCCUGAGUUGUGUAACUGACCCUGGUACUAUAACAAAAGGAAAUGAAGCGUUGUUUCUUCAAGUUUAUGAAUUCGAUGAAGUGAUGUUCCCAAAGAACGCGAGGUGCUCUACUUGUGCUCUAAGGAAACCAGCACGAUCCAAGCACUGCAGUGUGUGUAACCGGUGUGUGCACCGUUUUGACCAUCACUGUGUUUGGGUGAACAACUGCAUUGGGGCCUGGAAUGCCAGGUACUUCCUCAUCUACCUCCUGACCUUGACAGCGUCAGCUGCCACCAUGGCCAUUGUGAGCACUGUGUUUCUGGUCCGCUUGGUGGUGGUGUCGGACUGGUACCUGAUGACUUAUGUUGAUGACCUUGGACACUCCCAGGUUAUUGACACCGUCUUUCUUAUUCAGUACCUGUUCCUGACCUUCCCAAGGAUUGUCUUCUUGCUGGGCUUUGUCUCGGUGCUGAGCUUCCUCCUUGGUGGCUUCCUGUGCUUUGCUCUAUACCUGGCCGCCACCAACCAGACCACGAACGAGUGGUCCAGAGGUGACCGGGCCUGGUGCCAGCACUGCCCCCAAGUGGUGGGGGCCUCAUCAACAAGGCCCCAGGUCUACCGGAACAUUCACUCCCAUGGACUUUGGAGCAACCUUAGAGAGAUCUUUCUACCUGCUGCUAAACAUUAUGGGAGAAAGAAGAAAUGAGAACGGGAAGAGUAUUACUGCCAUUUAAAUAGAGUGUAUAUUUAUU